AUGGAGAUGAAAAAUGAGAGAGCGAUUAAGCAUAGGUUCCAUGUGCAUCCUUUGGUGUUUGCGGAAGAGCAAAUCAAUGAAGGUGAUCUCAAAGCUUACUGUUAUGGAUGCAGUGAAUUUGGUUUCAGGUUGCAAUUACGUUGUCCAUGUGAAUUGUGCCUUGGAGAAGGAGAUCUGUACGAGGUAAUUGAGGAAGAAUGCCAAUGUGAGGAGCUCAAUGCCGCUACGCAGUCUUCCAUCACUCGUGUUAUUGAGAUGAAUGAAGAUGGGGAAGCCACAAAGAUUGAACAUUUCAGCCAUGAAGGUCAUUGCCUGGUGUUAGCAGACAAGAUGGAGGAGGAAACUGAUAGAAAAUGUGAUGGGUGCAUGCUGCCUGUCUCAACUAAUUUGUUUUAUUAUUGUUUGGAAUCAGAUUGCCAUUUUUGUCUUCACAAAAAUUGUGCUAAGUUGCCAAGAAUCAAGCAACAUUGGUUUCGUCAAUCCAAUGCCACUCUUCAAUCCGCUGUCUUUCUGAAAUGUUGCUUGUGCAAUCGAUGUUGUAGUGGUUUCUUCUACAACAUUGGAGGAUACUACAAUGUUUGCAUAAGGUGUGCUAAAGUUCCCGAUGAAGAUCAAGGACACCAACACUUUCUCUCUUUUGAUUUCAAAUGUUGGGAGCGAUGUAAGGGAUGUGGCGCUGCUAGUAAUGGCUGGGGUGCAUUGAAAUGUAGAAGCUGCAAAUUUGCUUUGGAUUUUGUAUGCUUAACUUUACCGCAUUCAGCUCUUCACAAAGUGGAUCAACAGAUACUAUACCUUACUUACCAUGAUGAUAAUGAUUAUUCAAAUCAUUGUUAUUGUGAUAUUUGUGAAAGAGAAAGAGAUCCAAACCUUUAG